AAGAAACUGCUGAUGUAUUAAUUGAACAGCUCAGUCGAGACAAGGAUCCAAUUUUACGUUAUGGUGGUAUAUACACAGUUGCAAUGGCAUACUGUGGUACUGGAAAUAACAAAGCUAUCCGACAUUUAUUGCAUGUUGCUGUUAGUGACGUUAAUGAUGAUGUACGUCGAGCUGCUGUAACAGCACUUGGAUUUAUUUUGUUCAGAACACCAAAGCAGGUUCCUCGAAUAGUACAAUUGCUGUCGGAAAGUUAUAAUCCAAAUGUGCGAUAUGGUGCUACAUUAGCAUUGGGAAUCUCAUGUGCUGGAACUGGCUUAAUGGAAGCUAUCGAGCUGUUGGAACCUAUGACUAAAGAUCCUGUUGAUUUUGUUCGACAAGGAGCAUUUAUUUCACUUGCUAUGAUUUUGAUACAACAAAAUGAUGCAACCAAUCCCAAAGUAACUCUAACGCGAAAAUUAUAUGAAAAAAUCAUAAAUGACAAGCAUGAAGACGCAAUGGCAAAAUUCGGCGCUGUUCUAGGACAAGGAAUUAUUGAUGCAGGCGGUCGAAAUGCCACUAUAUCCUUACAGUCGAGGUCUGGUCACUCUAACAUGCCAGCUAUUGUGGGAAUGGCCGUAUUUACACAAUUUUGGUAUUGGUUCCCAUUGACGCAUUUCUUGAGUUUAGCCUUAUCACCCACUGCAAUUAUUGGUUUGAAUAAGGAGCUGAAGAUCCCCAAAUUUGAGUUCAUCUCAAACGCGAAGCCUUCACUUUUUUCUUAUCCUGCGACAACUAAACCUCCAUCCACUAGCGUUGUAGAAAAGGUAGCAACUGCGGUGCUUUCUACAACAGCAAAAGCAAAAGCUAGAGCAAAAAAAUCUGAGAAGGAGAAAGGAACUCAUGAAGGAGAGGCGAUGGACAUGGAUAAGGAAGAACAUAAAAAGGAAGAAGAAAAAGACGAAGUAAAGGAUGACAAAAAGGGGAAGAAGAAAAAAGAAGAAUCUUUUGAAAUUCUCGAAAAUAUGGCGCGCGUUUUGCCAGCACAAUUACAAUACAUUUCGUUUCCAGAGAAUUCUCGCUACGUUCCUGUAAAAAAGGGUACGGUCGGUGGAAUUUUGAUGAUGAUAGAUAGACGUCCUGGUGAGCCAGAAGAAUUAAUUUCGCCAAGCACACCAGUUGCAACAACCGAAGCGACGGAAGAAGAAGAGGCGCCGCCACCAGAACCUUUUGAAUAUCCAUUUGACGACUGA